AUCGUCGCUCCUCGUUGCCAUAGGAACGUGUCAACAUCCCACCGGCCGUCGGGACAGAACCGGACAUGGUCAGACCGAAGUUCUUCACGCCCUCCGAGGUGGCGGCUCACAACACCGCAGCCGACCUCUGGGUGUCUUUUCUGGGCAAAGUGUGCGACCUGAGCCCGCUGAUGAGCCGCUACGGAGGCGACGCUCUGCUGCUGCCCAUCGUGGAGUCUGCAGGGAAGGACAUCAGCUCCUGGUUCGACCCCCAAACCCAAGACGUCCGGACCUACGUGGACCCUGGGAGCAGCUGCGUGAGGUACUACACCCCCAGGGGGCGCUUCAUCCACGUUCCCCCCGCCGGCCCUCGCUCGGACUGGGCCAGCGACUUCGGCGAGCCCUGGUGGAGGGACCAGAACUACCAGGUGGGACUGCUGUCCACCAAAACCAGGUGGAUCCGAGUCAUCAACACGCUGACGUCUCAGGAGCAGCGGCUGGAGGUGAGCUGCAGCACAGGUGCACUCUGGGACAUCGUGCAGCGUUACCUGCGCUACAACGCCCACGCUCGCAGCUACACCUGGAAACACGACGGCCGGAGUCUGGACAUGAGCUGGACGCUCAGCGAGAACGGCGUGGUGGACGGAGACGCGGAGCUGGAGGAGCUGCGACUGGACCGAGACGCCUUCACGCCCGCCAUCCUGCUGCACUUCAACGACGACCUCACCGAGGGAUGACGUCGCCGCUGAGUCGCUGCUGCUCCUCCGCUGGCGUCAGGCUGCAGUUCAGCUGCUGCACGUCAACAGGACACCAAAUCACAGAAACGAAGCACAAAACGAAGCACACACGACCAGAAUGAGAAGAACGGACUAAAAACAGGAAACACAUGGAGGAAGAUGCACAACUAUCACAGUGACACACGAAAGCAGAACAUGUGCGCUGAUGUUUCACCAUGUCUGAUGUAUGUUCUGUGUUCCAUGCUUUCAGGUUUACUGUUUGUUCUCUCACCAGGCACAGAGCUAAAAUAAAUACAAAUAAAAACGUG